CUACAGCAAUUCAGUGCCAAGUGCGCCUUCAGCGUCGUUCAGCAGUGCUUCCAGCAGCGCACCCGCGUCCAGCAGUGCAUCCAGCAGUGCACUUGCCACCAUCACUGAGUAGCCUACGCACACACACACACACACACAAAUGCAUGCAAAGACGUGGUUCUCUGUGCCCUGUGCUUUUCACCUGCAUGUAUAUCUCCCCCACCUGCACCCACACGCACACCAUCGCAAUCACACCACAGACCAACUCAACACACCUGCACCGUCUUCCACACGAACGACAACACAUCGCCUGGACACACACAGCAGCACAUAACUCAACGCCACCUGCACCACACACGCACAGCACCGCAAUGAAUACGCGUCGGCCGAUGGAUGGACGCGUCUCCUCGUCAGAAGCAACGCUGCUGGGAGCAGGUGCCUGUACAUACACAACACAACCGUCUUCCACACGCACGAAACGCACAGCCCCUCAUCUGCACCGAAGUCCGACUUCUUCCGCGUGAAAUUCACCUCCAGAUGUGGCCUUUUCCCCGUCUGCCUGUCUUCCAU